AUGCUUCCGUUCCCUCAGCCUCUCAGUCCCCGUCAACCAGAUAAUCUCACUACAUCUUACCUGCCAACCAUGAAGUCACUCGCUGCGAAAGCUCUCCAUCCACGGCGCCAUUCGCUGCAGGAGAAGCGCCCGGCGCGAUAUAGCGAGCCGCUGGGAAAUCAUAGCGAAGUGCGCUUUUCAUGGGAUGAAACGGAUCCGAACAUUGUCAUUGCUGCUGACAGCAUCAGUUUCGAUCCUUUGAUAUUCGAUCAGUUCAGAGAAGAAGGCUUUGAUACUGCAUUCUUACCAUACAUGGACAGCCCCAAGAAGUUUGAUUCUCAGCUUCAGAGCUUGCAGGACUCAAUGGAGUUUGGGAAUAGAUACGCUAUAGUCGCGUAUGGUGAAGCUGCAUCUCUUGUACUGCAGGCUUGUGUGAAGCCAAUGCCUAGACUAUGUGCGGUCGUGGCAUACUAUCCCACUUAUAUACCCGCCUUUGAAUCCAGGAGUAUCUCCUCCCUUAAGCUCAAGAUACAUCUAGCUGGGCGGCAAGCAAAGUUAGGCAAAGAGAGAUGCUAUGUCUACGCCAAUUCCGAAGUUGGAUUUGCCCAACACGAUCUACCACAAUAUGACCCAGUUACUGCACGACUAGCUUGGUCACGAACCGUAUCCUGUCUCAGAGAAGGAUUUGAGAUGACUCCAGACCUAGAACCAACGUGGGAGAGACAUCUUUUCAUGAAAUAUGCAUCCAAAGACCUUGAAGGAACUUUGGAUUCUUAUGCAGACGGGGCACGUAUUAAUUACGUCCCUACUUGCACUGGAGGUAUCGGUCAUGAUGAACUUCGUCGAUUCUUUGAGGAUGAAUUUAUCCCUCGAAAUCCACCCUCACUACAGGUUCGGCUUAUCUCCCGGACUAAAGGCAGUGAUCAUCUUGUCGACGAAAUGUAUCUAUCCUUCCAACACACACAAGAGAUUCCCUGGAUUCUCCCGGGUAUACCACCAACAAAUCUUACCGUGGAGGUAGCCAUUGUCAGUGUGGUAAGUUUUCGGGGAGGAAAAAUAUGUCAUGAGAAUGUAUACUGGGAUCAGGCAAGUGUUUUACUCCAGGUUGGGCUGUUGGAUGGAACCUAUAUACCUCCGAGCUUCGAUCCUGUUACAAAUAGUAUUAAUGGUCUUCACGGUGUUGCCAAGUUACCUGUGAGCGAUGGUAAGAGUGCGAGGAGUAUCCUACAGGAGUAA